AGUCCACCACAGUCUCAGAACAGUUGCGCCGCGAUCCGCACGCCCCCUCGCGGCCGCGCAUCAGCUGAUCUCACUCACGAUUUGUUACACGAAAACAAACAUUCUUGAACAACAAAAGCUUCUCAAUCAGUGCCCGGUGACUGACUGUGUAAGAUUUUACGAGUGCUAGUAAACAGUCAACAUGCCGGCCCAGAUGGAAACCAGAAUAGUCCCCCGGGAGGUCACACCGGAGAUAUCCCAGCAUAUGCUGUCGGACAUCGACAAACUCCCAGGAGUGCAGCUCGGAGACUUCCUGCUGCAGUUCGAGCUGGAUGAGCCCCGGGAAUCCGUCCAGGAGAUAGCCAGGAAGGAGCUCAGGGAAACCCCCGAAAACAUCAAGCCAGCUGUUGAAGAGUUGAGGAGACUUCUUACAGAGGAUAAAGAUUUGUACGUGCCUUUAGAGAGUGACGCUUGGCUGAUCAGAUUCCUCAGGCCAUGCAAGUUCUAUCCAGAGAGUGCCUAUGAUUUGAUCAAACGCUACUACGCCUUCAAGUUGAAGCACCACAAGCACUACGAUGGCCUGAUCCCCAGCAAGGAAACCAACAUCUUCAACCAGAACAUCUUGACAGUGCUCCCGAAUAGAGACCACCUCGGUCGCAGAAUACUAGUCCUUGAACUAGGCAAACACUGGAACCACAACAAAUGCACGCUGGACGAAGUGUUCAAAGGCUGUGUGCUGUUCUUGGAAGCCGCCAUGUUGGAGCCAGAGACUCAGAUCUGCGGCGCCGUGGUCAUCUUUGACAUGGAGGGCCUGUCCAUGCAGCAGGUCUGGCAGUUCACGCCACCCUUCGCCAAGAGAAUCGUCGACUGGCUUCAGGAAAGCAUACCAGUCCGAGUCAAAGGCCUCUACAUAAUCAACCAGCCGUACGUGUUCAACAUGGUGUUCCAACUCUUCAAGCCGUUCCUUAGAGAGAAGCUGCGCUCGCGCAUCAUCUUCCUCGGCAGCGACCGCGAGGCGCUCCACAAGCAUAUCAGCCCGAAGUGCUUGCCUGCUUGCUAUGGGGGCACUGUAAACAUCCCCAGGGUUACUGGACCACAAUGGUUGGAACUGCUGCUGAUGUGCGACCAAGAAUUUUGUGCCAUCAAUUCCUACGGGUACAAGAAAAAAUGAUCAUCGUACAACAGAAUCUACAAUUAAUUAAAUAUUAACAUAUCUUGUAUGUGAUUUUAGCAAUUUGAGCGCCAAUGAACAGCAAGUAACGUAUAUUUAAUUGUCGUGCGUAAUAGAUUAUACCUAUUUUAAUUUUACUGCCUAUGCAAAAUGAUUUUAUUCAAUGUAAUUUCUUAGCGAAUAAAAUAGAAAUUUAAAAAUACUUACUCGUAUCAUAUCAUGAUCUUAUUACUAAGUCGUUCGCGUUUAAGUUCGUUCAUUGAAAUUGCUUGUAAAACAUUCCAAAUAUCACAAAUAUGUUAUAAAUAUUUUUAUAGUUUUGUCCACGGAUAAAAUAUGUAUUUUUAUAAUGUAACUAUUUUUCACUUAGGCAUAAAUGAAGAAAAUAUCUUAGAAUGAUUGCCAUUUAGAAAUAAUACCUCAAGUGAUAUAAAAGUAUAUUCAUAAUGUCAUAGACCAAGCAUGUUUGUUUAUACACAUAGAGGAAUAUAGUUUUAUAUGUCGAUGUUGCUGUUAGGUAGAGUUUCUUUUAUAUGUGUGCGUAUAAUUGUGAUGUGUUUAAUAUUCUAUGUAUAUGCUCUAGACGAGUAGUACAGAUGUUUAUGAAAUAGAUCCUAAAUGUUCAACAUGAAGAAAUUAGUUAUAAUAUUAUGCUAUAGGCUGUGAUAUAUUCUUAUUUAUAAAUAUUGUAUUUGAUAUAUUAUUUAAGUUAAUUCAAAAUCAUUGAAACUUUAGUUGCUCCUAUAUUACAUAACUUAGACAUAUUUUAUGAGAAUUGGCUAUUCAAUGAAAGUAGGGUAUCUACGUUUUACGUGAUAUUAUUUACCCUAUUAUUGGUAAGUAGAUUUAGGUUGAGCUCAAAUAAUAAAUUAAGUAAAACAAGGAACUGAGACCAACGUUUUAUUCAUCAAACCUUGUUAUCGAAUUCAUUUACUUGCCUUAUUUUUAUGAAACCACUGUAUUAAAAAUAUUAUAAAAAGAAGAAGUAGAAAUAUUUAGUGCAAUUAAAGUUAUUAUUGCCCGAGAUAUGGUGGCAAUACUCUUUCAUAAAACUGGUAGAAAAAAUAAA